AUGUGUUUGUCUCAAACACUGGAGGAUCAAGAUAGUCUUCAACCAAACCAACAUCCCCACGCCCAGCCAUCUCCUUCACUACAGCCUCUUGUGGUGAUGGAGCUGAGGUCUGGGCACUGCAGGGUGCCGCAGCUCCUCCCGCCCUGUCCCACAGCACUGCUGGAGGAGCUGGCAGGACCCUCCUGUGCGCUACCCUCACUCAGAAUGAAGCGUCAGGUCCCCGAGGAGGAAGGUGAGCACAGAACAAGCCCCCAGGCACCUGCCAGAGGAGAUUUUGGCCAGUGCAUGCCUGGUCAAGCAGAGGCCCCCACACCGUGGGAAAGUGUCACUGGGCAGUUGUAUCAGCACAAGAUGCUCUGCAUCCACGAGAACUUCCUCUACCACACCAGUGGGGUGAGACAGAGAGGGGCCAAUAAGGAGGGUUUCUACAGCUUCCUCAAGUGCUGCACCUGCCGGCUGUGAGGCACCUCAGUCACCUGCCAGGGCUGGUGAUGCUUCCAAAACAUUCACUUCCCCUGUGGCAGCAAGCGAUGCUGCAUCUCCCAGUUUUUUGGGGAGUUCAAGACCAUCUGUUGGAAGCACGGAUGGGUACAGCAGGUGCGAGCAAUACAGCAGGACCUGUCCCCCUGCCCCACCUGCCAGGAGGCCCUGGCAGGGCAGCCCCGCUACAACAUCCUUGUCUGUCCCACCCGCGCCAGCACCUGGUUCCACUGCCGCUGCAUCCAGGGCCAGGCACUGUGCUCUGCCCUCCACGGCUUCUGCUGCCCACUCUUAAAUGUUGACUUUGGAGAAGUAGAGUGA